AUGCCCCGAAUUCGAGUGCCCAUCCGACGUACCGGUGUCCGAUACACCGCACGACCUGGUCGUCGAUAUCCAGCUCCACCACCCAGAGCAGCAGCAUCAUCAGGUGGCAAAGGUGGUCUUUUAGGUUUGAUUGGAGGCUUGGGUGGCCUACUGUUGUGUUUACUUUGUUUAGCAACGAUGGGUCUACUUGGUUUAUUUGCAUCAUUUAUUGCAGUAACUGCCUAUCUCGGCAAACUCUAUAAUGCAUUGAAAACUAUCAGUAAUAGUGGUGAAUCUGGUCAUUAUGCAAAUAUGGCCAUUUUGAUAGCUGCUUUGUGCUUUGCCGGUUACCACAAAUUGCGCCGAUCAUUAUAA